CUCAGCCAUCGCUGGCACCGAUAUCAGAAGUGGGAUCUGAUUCCCACUGGCGCACUAUGUUCGAGAUCCAACAGAAAAAUAUGAUGCAAUUGAUUGAGGCUAUUCGAACACCAGUAUCGACACCCAAUAUAUCUCUGCCGGAGUUCAACCCAGAACAAGCAGAUGCUGAUCCACGUGCUUGGUGUGCAACGAUUGACAUCUGCGUUAAUGAACGUCCUCUGGAAGGUGCAUCGCUUAUCAUAGCUCUCAGUAAGGCACUGAAGGGCACCGCCUCGUCGUGGCUGUCACAAAUCUCCCAUGCGGGUAUGACUUGGCAACACUUCCGUGACCUGUUUCUCGCACGUUACGAUUCCACGGAAACACUUGCCGCGAUGCUUAUCGGUGUGAAUAACGGCAAGCCGAAGGAUGCGGUCACAUAGCCUCCAACUGUCAUCGUGGCAACGCGGGCGCGGGCAGCUCGACCUUGGAGGGCCGAGCAGGCCAUAGCAGCGGAGGCGG